AUUUAAUCUUCAAGAUUUAAUAUUUAUACCCCCACUUCUAUGCUUACUCUCCACUCUAUCUUCAUCAUCACUUUCAACAGAACCCUAAAUCAAAAUGUCAUUUUGGAAUUGGGGGUUUCUUCUUUUCAUCUUAUUUUCACUUAAUUCCAGCUUAACUUUAUCCGAUUCAGACCCGAUUACUCAACAACAGUUGGAUCAAGUUUCAAGCUUGCCUGGUCAAAGUUUCAACCUUGACUUUUCCCAUUAUGCUGGAUAUGUAACUGUUAAUGAAGAAUCUGGAAGAGCUUUGUUUUAUUGGCUCACUCAGGCUACUGAGGAUCCUGCUUCAAAGCCUCUUGUUCUUUGGCUCAAUGGAGGGCCUGGUUGUUCAUCAAUUGCAUUUGGAAUGGCUGAAGAAGUGGGCCCAUUUCAUGUUAAUAAAGAUGGAAAGUCUGUUUACUUGAACCCAUAUUCUUGGAACACUGUGGCAAAUUUAUUGUUUCUUGAUUCCCCUGUUGGAGUUGGCUAUUCUUACUCGAAUACAUCUGAAGAUAUUCGAAGCAAUGGCGAUAAAAGAACCGCUGAGGAUGCACUUCAAUUUCUAUUGAAUUGGCUUGAACGGUUUCCUGAGUACAAAGGAAGGGAUUUCUACUUGACAGGCGAGAGCUAUGCAGGGCAUUAUGUUCCUCAAUUAAGCCAAGCCAUUGUGAGAUACAACAAAGCAAACACAGGAAGUCCCAUAAAUAUCAAGGGUUACAUGGUGGGGAAUGCGUUAACGGAUGAUUAUAGUGAUCAUGUUGGACUUUUCCAAUUUAUGUGGGCCGCUGGUCUGAUUUCUGACCAAACUUACAAGAAAGCAAACGAAUUAUGUGACAAGGAAUCGUUUAUUCACCCCUCGCCUGAGUGUGAACGGAUAACCGAUAUUGCUUAUGAUGAAAUGGGUGAUAUUGAUGCUUAUAGCAUCUUUACUCCUACUUGCACUGGCAACGGUGUCACAAAGCGGCUUCGGAGAAAAUGGCAUAGGGUAGGGCAUAUUGGGCAGAGUUAUGAUCCUUGCACCGAACAACACUCCAUAGCUUACUUCAAUUUACCGGAGGUUCAAAACGCGCUUCAUGCUUAUCAUUUUAACUCAUCAAAAACCUGGGUAACCUGCAGCGGUGUUGUGGGGAUGUACUGGCAAGAUUCUCCUAUAUCCGUGCUCGAUGUCUAUCAAGAACUUAUAAGUUCAGGACUUCGUAUUUGGAUGUUCAGUGGUGAUACGGAUGCAGUGAUUCCUACCGCUUCUACACGUUAUAGCAUAGACGCUCUCAACCUUACGACAAUCAGCCCAUGGCGUGCCUGGUAUGAAGAUGGCCAGGUGGGAGGAUGGACACAAAAGUAUGAAGGGUUGACGUUUGUAACAGUCAGAGGAGCGGGGCAUGAGGUUCCUUUGCAUAAGCCGAAGCAAGCGCUCAGCAUCCUCAAGUCUUUCUUAGCAGGAACUUCAAUGGCACCGUUUGAGCAAGUGAUCGAGUCUAAAAUCGACUCUGCUUCACAACAAGUCAACAGCUUCUAAUGGUAUAGGCAUGGUGGUCUUAGACUUCUCUUGAUACGAGUAGUAAACAUGAAUAACUGCCUUUUGGUUUUGGAAGAUUAUUUCGUGUCGAUUUUGGGCAAAACUGAAUGUUCAAAUUCAUAUGAAUGAUUUGCUAGAAAUUUGAUAUUGUGAUGGCUUUUCAUCUAGAUGUAAGCUUAACAUACAUUACCAGCAAGGCCAAAUCAUACAUGAUCCCUGAAGAUCAAUGUUUUUAGCUUGUUAAAUAA